UUCCGUAAUGGUAUUUUGCACUUCCGGUUGACUCUGCGCCGUAAAUGGAUGUUUCUCCGAGACUGGGCGUGUACGAUACAGUUUCUUUAGCGCAGGUAAACGAGUAAACCCGCAGCGAUGGAGGACAUAUUUCAUUGGUGUCGCGAGGGGAACGCAUUCCAAGUGCGCGUCUGGCUCGACGACACCGAACAUGACAUGAAUCAGGGGGACGACCAUGGCUUCAGUCCACUUCACUGGGCUGCCAAAGAGGGUCACGCAAACAUUGUGGACAUGCUCAUUGUACGGGGCUCCCGAGUGAAUGCCACCAACAUGGGAGAUGAUACAGCGCUUCACCUGGCAGCUGCCCAUGGGCAUCGCGACAUUGUGCACAUGCUGCUCAAGCGCAAAAUGGAUGUCAAUGCCAUCAAUGAGCAUGGAAAUACACCACUUCAUUAUGCUUGCUUCUGGGGAUACCAAGCGAUAGCAGAGGACUUGAUUGCCAGUGGUGCCUUGGUGUCCAUUGCAAACAAGUAUGGUGAAACGCCGCUCGAUAAAUGCAAAGGUCACAUGGGAAUUCGCUUGAGAGAGGUGGCUGAGCAGGCGGGCCAGGAUUUGAAGAAAGUUUACUACAAGGACCAAAAUUGGCUUGGCACCAAAACAAGGACAAGGGAUGCCACUCUUUCAAGGCACUCGGGCAUUAACAUGGACGAGCUCAAGUUUUUCCAACAGAUUGCAUCGACCUCGUCUGGAGAGACUUGGAAGGGCUCCUGGCAGGGGAAUGACAUCAUAGCCAAGAUUCUCAAGGUGGGUGAAGUGACACCACGCAUCUCGCGAGACUUCAACGACCAGUAUCCACGACUGCGCAUCUUCUCGCAUCCUAAUGUCCUUCCAGUCAUCGGCUGCGUCAACCGCCCUCCGCACUUGAUUGUUGUGCAGCAGUAUCUGCCACAUGGUUCCCUUUUCGACAUCCUGCAUGGAUCAUCAGGGAUGGUGGUGGACCAGGCGCAGGCACUCAAGUUUGCCAUUGACGUUGCCCGCGGCAUGGCCUUCCUGCACACCCUCGAGCCCAUGAUUCGAAACUAUCAGCUGAGCAGCAAGCAUGUCAUGGUGGAUGAGGAAAUGACAGCUUACGUAAACAUGGCCGACACCAAGUUUUCCUUCCAAGAACGGGGAAAGAUGUAUCAUCCUGCUUGGUAUUCACCUGAAGCCUUGCAGAAGAAACAGGACGAGAUGAACUGGAAGGCGGCUGACAUGUGGAGCUUCGCCAUACUGCUGUGGGAGUUGGCGACCCGCCAAGUUCCUUUUGCUGACCUGUCUCCAAUGGAAAUUGGCAUGAAGGUCGCCCUGGAAGAGCUGCGAGUGACCAUUCCACCAGGAAUAUCGCCACAUAUGAGCCGGCUGAUUCGUAUCUGCAUGAACGAGGACCCGGGCAAAAGGCCUACCUUUGAGAUGAUACUACCCAUCUUAGAAAAGAUGAAGCACUGAGCACAUUGUGUGUCUAUUCUUAAACAGCAUUCUGACACAGAUUACCUGCCUCAUGAAGUGCUAGAACGCUCCGAAGCUUAAUUCUGCAUCUCUUUCAUGGCGUCUCAUCUUUAUCCGCAAUGUCAUGUCAUUUGGAAUGCAUUACAAUAAGGAAGAACAUGUUUGUGUGUCCUAAAUGUUGCUGCAUUUUGUCCACGUUGCAAGUUCCUACAAGAGCAGUUCUGGCUAAAAAAGGACAAAAAUGUAAGCAAACUUGGGUCAUUGCUUUCGGAUAGCUGCAAGCCAUUAGAUGAACCUUUAAAUGUUAGUAGGAGCUGCUAUGGAUUUCCAACUUGUCACAAAAACUUAUGCUAUUAGACUAUUUCAAAUUAUGAUUUUCAUACACUGCUGGCUUGGGGCUGUAAGCAGCAAUGAGGGGAAAUGGCACAAAGCAGGAUGAAGAACGGAGCAAUACAGGGUGAUGACUCGCAGACAAACGUUUCCAAAAGCCAACCCUCCUUUCCAUUUUCGUGCCGCUUUUUUUUUUCGUAAUAUUAACCAACUUGCCCAUAUUCCCACAUUAAUGCUGAAUUAGGGAUGCAAACUAUAGUGCAAUAUGCACAGGUGCUAUGCAGAAUAUUUCAGCUGUGAAGCUUGUCUUGUGCAUAAAAUGCAGCUUGAUGCAUAAAAAAACACAGCUCGAUGAGUGCCUUUACUGCCUUCUGUUUGUGUCAGUUUGGAUAGUCCUUGUUGCCUAUUUGAUGCUGAGCAGUUAUAAACUGGUUGCUCAGCCACAUGUUAUCAGCAAGUGAAAACUCGUUAACCACUACGCAUACUGAAGGCACACCUGUGCUUGGCGACAUAUUUCGUAGCACUGUUCGCUGCAUACUCAUCUUGCAGUUUGCAUUACCUAAUGUAAGAGGUGGUGCACACAAGUGCUGUAUGUCACGAUACCGACCACCAUUUGUUGAGGGGAAGGUUUGUGGCAGGCUAACGGGCACCACACACAUUGCUUUAAGCAUGCAAAACGUCCCGUUUUUAUUGAGUAAAAUUUUCAAUGUACAUGCUUUUAAGGAGAGUGGAUUAACAAUGGUACCAAAGAUGGCAACAAUUGACGUAAGAUUCUUGACACACCAUCUGCAACAUUGCUAUUUUAUCACUGUUAUACUCAUUUUCAUGGUGAAAAUGAAAUUCUUUUGUCAUUAGCUUUCUGCCAGAAGAUCUUUGCUGAAGUAUACCUAGUAAAAAUUAGAGAUAAAAACUAGAAUUUUUUACAAAAAAAGUUCACUGAACAUUCACAGAGCUUUCUUCAAGAAAAGUUCACAAGAAGACUCUGGGAAAGACGUACUGAUCUUUUAUGUUUUCCAGAUUGGUAUGGUUCUCGGUGAAGUUCUGUGAAAGAUAAAAAAAUUGCUUCGGAGAUUCUUUUCUUUCAUGGUAACAUCGUCGCAAAAUGACAAAUGCUGUAAAAUCUUUUCUGUUGGUAUGGUUUGUGUUCAGAGCCCUUAUGCUUACAUCAUAAUCAGCUAAGCCUGAUUUGCAACUUAUUGUUUAUUAUGUUGUAAUAUCUGUGCAGAAAUGUGGAAAAUGUCCUGUUUAGAGUGACCCAGGCAUUAUUAGUGUUUAUAGUGAUGUCUGAAUUGUUUGUUUGACAUUGUUUAGACAAGUCAUCGUUCAUGGUUGAAACUGUCAGUGAUCUUAAUUUUGUGUAUUAAUCGCUCUUAUCAUUUGUAUUUUGUUUGUAGCAAAUACUCGAGCCAUACUGCCUCUGAUUUAACUGACGAAGGAGGCUGCAGACUGUAGCGCUUAUGCUUAUCUAAUAUUUAUGAGUACAUUUCCAUCACUGCAGUUGUUAAAUUGAUGAAGUCUGAUGCAUUUAUUGUAUAAAAGUGCACUGCCAAAACUUUGCCUGCAUAUUUGCUAUGCAAAUAAAUUGUUGCUAUUGCUCCUUGGA